AUGGUUAUUAUUAACAAAGGCAUAUGUGCUUUUGAUUUUAUAUUGGAUGCUUCAGAAGAUUUCAGUUAUUGUCCCAUGUGUAGUGAACAAGUUCAACCAACGAAAUAUGGAUUUAACCGGUGUGAAUGGAAGAUACGUGGAGCAUAUACUCUCAGAAAACGCGGCUUUAAUAAACUUGUAGAGCAAGAUUUUGUUAGUAUCAAAGACUCGUAUCAAUUAUUUGACUUUGACUUCAGUAUUCCAUGGCUAACAUUCGCUAUUGUCACAAGACCGAAUUCUUUUGUGAAUAAUGAUAAAUCAACAGUUGAUAAAGUAGAGUAUAUUGAACUUAGCAAAACACAUGGUGAAACAUGUGCAAUAUGCUUAUCGGAUAUUAAACACGAAGACGAAUGGGUACUGCCAUGUAACCACGUUUUUCACAGUGAUUGUAUCAAUAAAUGGCUUCAUUCUGGCGAAGAUGGAGCUGAAUUAUGUCCGUUGUGUCGAGAAGAUAUCUCAUUAUACUCAUGA